AGUAUUCUUCUGAUAAAAGGAUGUAGUAAUGAUCAAGACUGCAUGGCCCAUGCUUGUGGUAACAAAGUACCUCACUGUCGACUUACCGUAGCCCAUCACCACAAACAUACCAACAUUACUGGUACCUGUCAUUGUAAAGAUUGUCAUUCCAACGGAGAUUGUCACUGCAUUCGUGGCCACCCGUCCUGUUCACUAGGGAGCUGUCAUUGUGUUGGAUGUCAUUUCGACGGAGAUUGUCACUGCAUUCAUGGCCGCCCGUCCUGUUCACUAGGGAGCUGUCAUUGUGUUGCCGAAAUAUCCUGCAUUUACAACAAUGAUUGUCAUGGGUAUGGCUGUGGAAGCAGUUUGUAUCCACAAUGUGCUAACCUAGACGGUCACUCUCGAUGUCUAUGUGAAGCAUCGUCACCAUCCGCCAGACAUGAAUGUGAACAAAGUUCCGACUGUACUAAAUGCCCCGAAUAUCAAGUUGGCCAGUGCAACAACAACCAAUGUACCUGCUCUGCCGAAAAGCCCUGCAUUUACAACAAUGAUUGUCAUGGGUAUGGUUGUGGAAGCAGUUUAUAUCCACAAUGUGCUAACCUAGACGGUCACUCUCGAUGUCUAUGUGAAACAUCAUCACCAUCCGCAAGACACGAAUGUGAUCAAAGUUUCGACUGUACUAAAUGCUCCAAAUAUCAAGUUGGCAAGUGCAACCACAAUCAGUGUACCUGCUCUGCCGGAAUGUCCUGCAUUUACAACAAUGAUUGUCAUGGAUAUGGUUGUAGAAGCAGUUUAUAUCCACAAUGUGCUAACCUAGACGGUCACUCUCGAUGUCUAUGUGAAACAUCGUCACCAUCAAAUAAACACGAAUGUGAACAAGAUUCCGACUGUACUAAAUGCCCCAAAUAUCAAGCUGGCCAGUGCAAUCACAACCAAUGUACCUGCUCUGGUAGGUGUAUAGAGUGAUAUGAAC